AGCGUGUGUUUAUGUCUCAGUGUGUGACAAAUAAGAGGGAAAAGGUAGCGACAGGGCUCACAACAAAAGCGCAGAGAGAGAGAGAAAGAGCGCAGAGAUCCGGAGAAGCAGUCCACUCACUCCCAGGAAUGACAACACGGCGGAGGAUCUACUUUCUCUCCGCUCCGUUCUUGCACUGAAAGUUUUACGCGUCGCCGAGGGAAAAAGGGACACCUGCUUUUUCAAGUUUCCACUAGUAAAAAAAAAAAUACUUGCCUGCAACAUGCAGCGACCAGGCCCAGGGACAGCGUUCUCAAUCGACUCACUCAUAGGGACUCCUCAGCCCAGACCGGGACACCUGCUCUACACGGGUUACCCCAUGUUCAUGCCGUACAGACCUUUGGUUAUCCCACAAGCUUUAUCCCACUCGCCUUUAUCGUCUGGGAUACCUCCUCUGGCGCCUUUGGCUUCUUUUGCGGGACGCCUCACGAACACGUUCUGUGCCAGUUUAGGACAGGGGGUGCCGUCCAUGGUCGCGCUCACCACCACGAUGCCAAGUUUCUCGGAUCCACCGGACAGUUUCUACCCGCCACAAGAGCUCCCGGGCCCGCGUUUGAGCGCAGCAGAUCCCGGGGCGAGGAGGCUGGAGAGUCCGCACUCUGACGACCUCCACAGCCGGGACAAGGGCUCCGAUCUGCUCAACUUCUCAGAAACUUUUCAAACUAUAUCAGGUGAGACCAAACUGUACAGCUCAGACGACGAGAAGCUGGACCGAAAAUCCGCAGACACCGCUUGCAGUGACCGGGAAGACAGCUCCGUGGACAGCGAGAACGAAAGUUUCUCUGACGGGAACAACUGUGGCUCCCUGUCCCAGAAGAGCAAACUGAAAACCGGCUCUCAGGAGGCGUUACCCACCGGCAGCUCUGCGGGGAAGAGCCGGAGGAGACGAACAGCUUUUACCAGCGAGCAGCUGCUGGAACUGGAAAAGGAGUUUCACUGUAAAAAGUACCUUUCUCUGACUGAACGCUCGCAGAUCGCACACGCGCUUAAACUGAGCGAGGUGCAAGUGAAGAUCUGGUUUCAGAACCGCAGGGCCAAGUGGAAACGGAUCAAAGCCGGCAACGUGAACAACCGGUCUGGAGAACCGGUGAGGAACCCCAAAAUAGUGGUCCCCAUCCCAGUGCACGUCAACAGGUUUGCAGUGAGGAGUCAGCACCAACAAAUAGAACAAGGGACCAGGCCGUGAACUCAGAAAAACCACAAAUCUUCAAGAAAGAAAAAACACUUACAUGUUGAACGCAUGAAGCACAAACAGGAGGAGCCGAUCGUCCUGCCUGAGAGCAGAGAAGAAGGAACAAUUAUUUGGCAACAUGCUUUCAUUUUUAUUUAUUCUUCUGUGAAUAUGUAAAUAUAAAUGGGUUAAAACUGGUACAAAUGGGCACUAUGAGAUGAGACUGUAAAGAUUUUUUAAGUAUUUAUUUGUAGGGCCAAAAUGUUCUGUUGUGCAUGUCCUUUUUGGUGAAGCUGGAUUUUUUGUUUUGUGUUUCGUACAUUUGUUGAGCACAUUUGCAUGUCAAGACGGUUUUACGUUUUGUUUGGAGGCUGUAGGUUCCACAGUUGACAGCAAUUUGUGAAGAAAAAAAAAGAUGUGAAGGAAAUAAUGACCAAACAAGGGACAAGUGUAAAGUAUAUUGACCUAAUAAAUCGCUUUAUACGAAAGUUUGAAUCCAG